CUGCACUGCCAAGAAAUUAAGAGCAAACGUUGGCAAAUAAUCAAACAAGUUUCUCUUGGCAAAUACACUAAUUACUAGCAUAGUUUGGAAGCUCUCUCUCUCUCUCUCUUUUCUUUCUUCAAUUUGUUUGUCUUCUUGAGAUUAGACAAAAAUGGCUCCAACCCUGGUGGUGCCGGCCUUCGCCCGCACAAAGCAGCCUGAACACGUUGUAGAGCGGGAGGACGGGGAGAUUUUGAAGAAGAGAAAUGAGGAGUUGGAGAAAGAACUCCAGAAAGCCAUGGAAAGGGAGAAAAGGAUGAGGGAGGAAUUGCAGAGAACGUGGGAAAGGCUGAGGGUGGCGGAGGAGGCGGAGGAGCGGCUCUGCUCCCAACUGGGUGAACUGGAGGCGGAGGCUGUGGGCCAGGCGCGCUCCUACAGAGCCAGCAUGAUGGCUUUGAUGGAUCAGCUUUCUGCGGCCCAGAAGCUUCUCCAGGGGGCUUCCAUUGCUGUCCCUGUAGCCCCAACUCCUCAAGUACUAUAACCUUGUUUAAAAAAAAAAAAAAAAAAAAAAUUAUUUCCCCAUCCUCUUUGCGUUUGCGACAGGAUUUACUAGCAGUUAAUUAGUGAAUGUGAAUGUUGUAGCAUAUGAAAUGUGAGUAGUUUUUAUAGUGGAUCGCCGCCUACUUGUUCGGCUGCAGGGCAUGUGAUUUUGGAUGCUUUUGUUGAUUAAGGUGUGUUCUUUUGGAUCCAUGAAUCGGAGAUGGGCUGGCUUGGAUUGAUGUGUCGCUGUUUUUGGUUAUGUCUGCCAUGUACUCCUAGUGUUUUACGUUGUAAUGAAUGGACGCAACCCCCUCUACUGGGGUGUUGAAAGCUUACAAUGAAGGAUGGGACGGGCACGAUUGCAAACACCGGCCGGCGCUAAUAUCAGCUGCAGUAUUAUUUACUUUUUGUAUCAAAUUAUUUUUCUUAAAUACAAGGGCAAUUAUUUGUCACCAUACCAUAUAUUUAUGGAGUUUGGUGUUACGUGAGUC